AGGCUUAAUACAUAUAUGCGGUAGCUACAAUACAAAAUUUAAACGUCUAGCUUUAAACAUGCACUUUUAAAAUCUCUUCCAGCUCUAGGAUUAACCAACCCAUCGCAUGAUUUGUUGUCAGCACGAUACAGUAAAACUGUAUAACUACAACGAAAGACAUGAAGUCAAGAGGAAGAUGAAUUACCAUAAUCCUGGAAAAAUUGUCACCAAGCUGCAUAUGCUGUGUUAGUUUUUACCCUAUUCUUCAAAUCUGUGGACAUGCUAAGGCGGCCCAACAGUUCGCGGGCACUAUUCUUUACAGCGUUGGCCACCUAUGGCACAGGGUUUAUCAUAUGGAACAUUGACAAUUUCUUCUGUCAUAAUAUAAGGGAGUUCCGAGGCACGCUUACGUCGACAUUUCGACCCCUGACACAGCUCCAUGCCUGGUGGCACCUGCUGGCUGGGCUGGGAACAUACAUCCAUGUGCUGUAUAGUGUACAAGUCAGAACCAACUAUCUAAAGUGGCCUGGAAAAGUCAAGACCAUUAUGGGAAUCCCAUAUUAUCAUGUAUCAAAAAAAGUGGAGAAGAAUGGGCCAGUACACAAAGACUGAUGAUGUCAUCGCAGGAAGUGACAUCAGCAUACUACAGGAAGUAGCAUGGCAUCAUAUGUGUUCCAAGGUCAAGAAGGUCAUGAUAGUUAGGAAGAAAGCAUAUUCACAAAUUUUGUACACAUAGACGUAGUUAACACAACUAGUGGCAAACCCCACAAAUCGUGCAAUUGCUUAGAAUGACGUUCCUUUGUUAGCAAAUAGAAUUUAAAUGUUUUGCCACCAAUAAUGCAAGUAUUGCCAUUAAUUUAUCUUGCUGGUUGGACAGUGUUCUAUAGAUAUCCAGUUGUGUUAAAGUGCAGUUAAAAGGAAGUAACAAAGUCAGUUUAUAUUUCAGAGCAAAGGCGACAAUGUUUGUCUAGAAGUGAAAUAUUCCACAGUUACCUGUUAGUGAAUACUAUAAAAGGUGUCUUUUCUACAAAACAAUGCAACACAUAUCGUUGGACUUGAAGUAUUGUGUAUAACUCAUAACAUAUCUUAUUUAUUGGUUAAUUCUUGUACCAGAAGCAGUUUUGCUGCAGUAAACUCUUGAUAAGCCACAAGUAAGUGAGGAAAAAGUGUACAACUAAAUUCUGUGGUUCCUCACUGGUUAAAUUCACAUUUUGACUUUGAAUUGUUUUCUCACUAAUUCAGAAAGAAUUGUAGUUGUACUGAAUCUUGAUAGCUGGGCCUGAAAAAAUUCAUUAAAUAAAGACUUAGUCAUAAAAUUUUUUAAUUGAAAAGCAAAUUUUCUAAUAACUUAACAGAUAAUUAGUAGGUAAUACUAUC